GCUACUAUACUGGGUAUGGAGUUCUAGGGUUAGACGGGAUGUGCCAACUGGCGAGUUUAGGUUAUAUGUGUGAAUGGGUCCUAUAGUGUUCGAGGCGACCAAACCGUUGCUAUAGGUAGCCUUCCUAGAUGAACCUCAGUGUGGACGGUGGAUAGUGUCCAUUGAAAUGAGACAUAAGCUUAAUGCCCCAGACAUAAUUGAAACACCCUAACCCGGCCGGGCGGGUACUACUUUUACUAAAAUGCCCUUGACAAAUAAAAUACUCAAAUCUUAAAUUGCAGCGGGAAAAAUUUUCAUAAAUAAAAUACUGAAAACACACUUGUGGUUCCGAGCAAAGCCCUAACACGUGGGCAAAUUAAACUCAAACUUUAAAAUCUCAAUCUGAUCACAAAAUAAUCUCAAGUCUGUACUCAUAAUCAUAAAUGUAAGUAACUAAUACUCUGAAGUUGUUGCUACUGAAAUCCUUGACUAAGCAUCCUCCGUGACGCUUAUACUGCUCUCCUCUAGCUGGCUGCCCUCGAACUCGCUGCUCACUAACUGCUCCUCUAGCUCCUCAAACUGGUGAGUGAGAUGGGGUCAGUCUACGCCCUUACGUUUUAGUAAUUUUAAUACUUGAAUACUUUACUUUAACACUUAACUUCAACUAGUGGAAGUUGCUUGUACUUCCAACUUAAGAUAUUGACUCUUAAACUUGAGGGAGUUGAAGUUACUCCACUCUCUUAAAGCUCAAAUCUUGACUUAAAUCUUUUGAAUGACAAGGGGAUCCCUCACUAGCUAGUAUGGUUGCCAACUCAUACGUAUGAGAAGCCAUCAAGGUUUUCCUUAAACUUAAACUUAGUUAGGGAAGUCGUAACGAUUCAUCCCCCCAACAUCUCAAACUUAUUGUGGUGGCUCUUCACCACGAUUCUCAAGAGCAUAACUGCUGCUCAUCUUAAAAGUCUCGAGAGCAUAACUGCUGAUCUAUCUCAAACUGUCUCAAAAGGGCAACGGACUGGCGCUAGUGACUAAAAACACUUAAAACGAUUUCACCUUCUUGAAGCUGAGUUACUUCUUAAAAAGAACUUGUUUCUUACUUCAACAAUAACUUAGAAACUUAAAGCUUAAAUCUAAAUAAGAACUCAUGCACAUUCACAUCAAACAUAGCUCAAACAAAAUCACAUAUCAUCAACCAUAAGCACAAUCAAAUACCAACAUUCACUUCAUCUAAAUACUCAAGACUUGAAAUUCUUGAAAGAACACAUAAGGCGUAGAAUUUACCCCCUUUACACUCACCUCUAAUCCGUCGAAACCAACUCUGAAUCUUCUCUAACAUUUCCAUACUUGCUCCAUCUAAAUUCUCCUCGCGCUCACGAUUCCAUAGGUGCUGACGAUUCCUUGAUCGGACGUCAAUUGAUCGAGUUAUGACCAAAAUAAAUAUUCUGUCAGCUUAAAAGUUCUAGGUACCGAAAUUGAAAUUUUUCCAGUCAACAUAGUUGACCACGACCCUGCUGUAAAAUUACCGAAAUGAUCCACAAACUUUUCGAAUUGUCUGUAGUGGUACCUGAACUUGACAGAUUUCCGGCCAAACUUUCGAUGCUCGUUUCUCCCUCGUCUGACGUCAGAAUCCGAUUUCGUCAACGCGGUGAUGAUCCUGGGAUCGUCCUCUUCGCGAUGAUAACCACCACUCAAAGAAAAUUGGAAGUCGCCUACGCCGGGAUCGUUGUCGGAAGUCGGAACUGCUUGUCUUCUUCUCCUAACAAGUCGUCCUCAACUCCGUGUGAAACUUGUCCAGGCGAUUCGCGAUGAAGCGUUGGUGGUCGUGGAAGAGGCGCCAGUUGAGCCCAUCGUCUUCCAGAAUCCAACCUUGUCCUCAACCCCGCCACUAUGCAUUUGAUCAUGUACUUAUAUAUAUUCACCUUCGGGUUUUGAUUUUCCAUCGCACAGUCCGAGAUUGAUCUUUUGAGGAAAAAGGGUCGGAAUUAAAAACUUCGGUAACAGCUUGAAGGGGGUCCUUUGGAGGUUGAGAAGCAUCUCCACGGCUUUCUGAUGAACUGAAGUCUCCACAUAAUCAGAAUGAUGAUUGAUGGUGAUCUUUGUAUCGGUUGAAACUGCAGGCGGUCAAUUCGUCAUCUUCAUCGUCGGAGACCGGGAAAUCUCCUUAUAUGAAUCUUGAAGGCAGUGAAGUUGUGGAAAAAAAUCUAAAGCUCCUAAUCAGCCAUGGUUUUCAUUGGUAGAGGAUCGGUCGGUUUUGUGGAUACCAGAGGGUUGUGUUAGUUUUUUUUUCUUCCCGAGCACCAGGGUUGACGGCAUCCUGUAUGUUCCAAUGGGAUUUAUGCUAUUGAGGAGAAGAGAUGGAACCGAGAGAAACAUUAGGUUUUCCUAGGUUCAAUUGCCACCGGGGUCAUUUUGGGAAUUUCACAGUUACGAGUGAUUUUAACCCGAAACUCAAUUUAUGCCCGAAACUUUCUCAUUUUAUGUCAAAAUUUGACACCGCUUGAAUCGAUAGUUCACAUUUUUAGUCCUUCUCGACAUUACUGUGAAAUUUGACAAAUUUGGACCGAGGGCAUAAUCGUCAUUUCGGCUUAGCAAAAGAUGUGGUGUAACAAUAAUAGCGUAGAUCGAGGUGACUGGAACAUGGGUUUAGGGGAGGGUGUACUCGGAGGCGUGUGGAUAACCACGAAAGCCCACGGAAAAGAGCUCACUCACCACAUUCGAUAACCCUAAGUAUCUAUAUAUGCAUAGUGACCCUAAGCUAGGGGGAGGGAUAGUUCCCCGAAGUACCUGCUUUUAGCUUUUAUCAAUCUCUAGACUAGUGUUUCCUCAUAUCUUCCACUUAAAACCUCAACAACCGAUUAACUAAUUAGCAACUAGGUGGGAAGUAGGCUAGGUACCGGGACCCGAGUAGAAUACGACCUUGAUUACCACUAUACGGCAACGUCGUUCUAGGUUAAACUUGGCCUAGGAUGGUUAGUUAUUGAUACUUGCUAACCUCUGACAAUAACCUCCAUGAAUUCAAGUGAUCAAGCUUUUUGGCGCCGUUGCCGGGGACCCUUGGUAACUAGUAAAAAACCAUUAAGUUGUUAGUUAGUCUUUACCUUGCUUUAUUUGUUUUGUGUUGUGUUUGAUUUUUGUUUUGUGUGUUUAUUUCUUGUUUUGCUUUUUUCGUAUGUGUUUCAUUGUUUGUUUUGUUUUCCAACUUUGUACGUUACGGGUUGUUGAGGUUGUGUUUUGUAUCACUGUUGUAUGCGAAGAAGUGAUUCCUUGGAAAUAUUACCUCUUGAUUAUGAAAUCAAGAGAACCCUUUGGAAUCUAAGAAGAUUUGAAAAACCUCAAACUCCACGAAUGGCAGUGCCUCAACCUCAAGUAAUACGAAGGUCCAAGGCGAAGAACAAUAAGAUUUUAUUCUUGUCCAUGAACCAAUGACAUUCACGCCCGGUACUUUACCCUACUCUCACGGGGCAGGAUUGUGAGAUCACGCCGGGUAUGAUUUCAUUGAUCAAGACCGAUUACCAAUUCAAAGGGGAAAGGAGGAAAUCCCCCAUCUUCAUGUAGAGGAAUUCCUCCUCCUUACCAAUGGGUUGAAUGUGAAUGAAGAUGUUAGAGAUUUGGUCCGCCUACUCUUUUUUCCCUUCUCCAUUUCUGGAGAAUCUCGGAAGUGGUUCAUGAGUCAACCCCACCACUCUAUCACUUCUUGGGAGGAGCUUUGCAAUAAAUUCCUUAACAGAUC